AUGGCAGUGUCCGUGGAGGCAGCCUCCCCCGUCGCGCACGAGGAGAGUGUAGGAAGGGAGCGACCGCCAUCCGGUCCCGACACGAGUGCCGAGAGCAGGCACGCCGCCGAGGCACCGCCACUCCUGUUCUCGUCGACAAUGUCACGCGGUGGUUAUCACCAAUGUGGCUCUGGGAGACGGGUCAAGUUUUAUGUGCUUGAGAACCAGGCGUGGGCUGACCGAGGGACCGGCUACUGCGCCGGUGUCUAUGACGAGAAACAUGACGAGGCCCUCCUUGUGGCGCGCAAGGAAGAGACAUGCACAUCACUCGGGUCGGUCGCAGACUUGAAAGUGGCUGAAGGUGCGGAGGAUGGUGACGCACAGCCCCAGGAGUACAUUCUCGUGGUAAGCGAGUCACUGGCGUCCGAUGACUUUUUGCUACACGCGCCCGUGAUCAAAGAAGAUGUAUACCAGCGACAGCAGGAAACGCUCGUGGUCUGGACAGCCCUCGACGGUACAGAUGUGGCGCUUUCCUUCCAAGAACUCGAGGGGUGCAACGAGGUAUGGGACUUUAUCACAGAGGUGCAAAGUCAUUUUGUCCUCAGCCGCGGCAUGGAGUAUGGUAAAACGCUUGCGGCAGAGUUGCCGCCCUUUGAGCUGCCGACGCCGACUUUAGCCAAUCUAGACACCAUUCAAGAGGAGCUGCGCGCGAGUAGCCUGCACAGUGUGGCGAUGCGUGACAAGGUCAUCGAGUGGCUGUUGAAGGAGGACUACAUUCGGAAGCUAACGCCGCUGCUGGAAGAGGCCGAAGCGCAGCAUGCGCUGCCUGCGCUACAUCGCUUGUAUCAGAUCAUGAAGACGAUUCUCCUCCUGAAUGACAACCUCGUGGUGGAGUACCUGCUGCAAGACGACGUGUUCUAUGCGGCCGCGGGUAUGCUCGAAUACAACCCUGAGCACCCCCACCUCAAGGCAUCGUAUCGCCAGCACUUAUCGGAUGAGGCCAAGUUUCAUCAGGUGGUUGAUUUUGGUGACCCGACGAUCCUGGCCAAAAUCUUCGAGACGUACAGGCUAGUGUACCUGAAAGAUGUGAUGCUCGCGGGUCUCAUGGACGACGGACUGCAGUCUAUGCUGAGUUCCCUUGUAUUUUUUUACCAAAAUGACAUCGUCAACUACUGCGUCAAUGACCCGCAACUGUGGACACAGCUGGCGCAAGUGUACCGUGCGCCGACGACCGAUGCGACACGAGUGCAGAAGGCCAAAGGCGUGAUCUUUGUGCAGCAUCUAUGCACUAUGGGGAAGCAGAUUCAGCUGCCCGGCCGCGUUGCCCUUUUCCGUUGUCUCGUUGACGGCGGCGUUCUGCCCAUCAUCGAGUAUGCACUCAGCACACCCGAUGCCGCACUUCGAGCCGCCGCGAGCGACAUUCUCUCGUCGUUGAUUGAGUACGAUGCCAACAGUGUGCGGGCCUAUAUUCUCAAAGAGGUGCGUGACGGGCAGACGCCACUGCUUUGCCGCCUGCAGGUACUGCUACAGGACGGGCAGGACCCCGCCCUGUGUACGCAGUGGACGGAGACCGUGCGAGUGCUUAUGGAUGUCAAUAUGGAUGGACUCUCCCACAGCCCCGUGGGGCAGGGUACUUUGCCCAAGCCGCGCGUGGAUGCCGACGAGCUGCUGACGUGGCUGUACGACGGUACGAUGCAGCAAAUGCUGGAGCCGCUCCUGCAGCUCCCCGAUAUGCAAACACUGGCGCUCGGCCAGUCGAUUACGCUCGAUCCCUCCCGCUGGAUGCUCUAUUGUCAUUUGUGUGACCUGCUAUGCUUUGUGAUUGAGAACCACUCGUUCCGGAGCCAGUACUAUAUUCUCACGUCGAAUGUAUGCAACCACGUCGGCUCGUUGCUGCAUGCACGGAACAAGCACCUGCGGCUCGCCGCUCUGCGUGUGCUGCGCGCGUGCGUGUCGAGUCACAACCAAUUCACGUACCGCCACCUCAUGCAGCUCGACGUGAUGGGUCAUGUGCUGGCCCUACUGCAGAGAGAGGCGCCCCGCGACAAUCUCGUCUCGUCCGCUUGUCUGGGUCUGUGCGAGCAGCUACGGCACGACAAUGUGCGUCCGUUGCUGAACGACAUGGCACAAAAGCACGGCGACAUCUUGGAAGCGCUACGUACUGAUCCCGUUGCUGGACAGGGCAUCGGCGCGCUCAUCCAGCAGCAGGCACGCAACCAGACUGACAGCUCGUCGGACUCGGACGAUUCGGUGGCACACUCGCCUAACGUGGACGAGGCUGCGGCGGAGCAAGACUACUUUGACUCGGAAGAGGCGUUAGACGUGCAGCCCGGCACGGAAGAGAGCCCCGGCCUCGAGGGGCUCGCGCCCCUCUGGAAUCGACGCCGAAAGCACGAAGACGAGGAAGACGACUUGGCAGAGCGCGUGGCCAAGCGGCCAUUGUCUGCCCGCCAGGGAUGA